UAUUUGGGGGAAGACUUACUAACCAUUAGCAGGCGGUCUGUGUCAAUUGGAAGAAAAAGUAUCACAACUUAUUGCAGCAGUUUAUUUUGUAUAUAUGAAUGCUCAUAGAACUACUAUGAACAAAAGUUGUGGUGCUUUUCUUUUAAGUUAUUCCAGAAAAAGGAGAAAAGUAACAUACACUGUGAAUUAAGAACAUCAUUAUAAGCUAGUUGCAGAUUUUAAAAAAAUAAACAUAUGAUUGGUGGAAAAACACUGAGAAAAUACUACUUAGGUAUUUUCCUUAAUAACGAACAACAUUAAUUUUUCCUCUCAAACAUCGGUUUAUAACAACUGGAGGAUAACAAAUCUGCUAUAGGAACAAGGCCUGCUACUUGAAUCAGACCAUUAUCGACAAAUCAGUUCUGUUUAUGGCCUUGCAAAAUUUCUAGCUGUUCCAGUAUUGUGAAGGAAAUGAUAAAUAUUAGGCCACUGUUCGGGAUAGGAAUGAAAUUGAGCCAUUCUGCAACUCUUGAAUUGGUGCUGAUAUGUGUAAAACUACUUUAGAUAAGAUAAGCAGUGACAUUGUAAAGGUUUUAUAGAAGCUGUCUAAAUGAAUAAUUUCUGCUUUGCAUUCUAGUGUGAUAAUGGAGUGGUUAAUUAAAGAGGUUUGUGAAAGAAGCAAAAGCUCUUGUCCUCCUGUUUCUCCUCGCCUCUGUGCUCUUGUGCCUUUGUUCAGUCCAUGAAAUUGUUUUCCCUUACAAUACAAGAAUGAGGUGUAUACUUACCACCUUCAACAUCCUUCUGUAGCUGCUGCUCCAUUUUCUUUCUUUUGCUUCUAACCUUAAAAUAGUUUUCACUGUUAAGCUCACAUUAAAUUAUAUAACAUCUGUUGACAUCCAUGUUCCAGCCUCCUCCCAUUGAAGUGUUUGGGUUUGUAUAUGUAUUACAACAGACAGGAGGGAUGGUCCUUAGUGUAUCAAGGAUGUGAAUUAUUAGGGCAUCUAGUAUUUUUAAUAAUGUGUAUCACAUUUCCUUCUUCCAUGGCCUCUGUUAAGAUGCGAUGGAAACCUGUGUGGUCAAAGAUUGCGUGGGGGUUGCAGUGACGCCAGUUUAUUUUGGAAGCUGAUAUAAUUCAUAAAAGUAUAGUUUUCCUCAUGAAAUAGUGUUGCUGAAUAUUUCAUUACCAGUGCACUGCUGUUCAUAAGAGCAUUUACCAUGUAACUUGUUGAAAUCAUGUAGUAAAUACAAAAUUAUAUGCCAUCAUUGGUCUUUAUUCCAGGUACAAUAUUUUUAUCUGACUUUCAUGACAGAAUUGGAGGGUCUAUAUUGUUUUGUAAUGAAUUAAACUUUCUUUCAGAAUAUUGCUAAUCAUUUAAAAAAUGUUCUUUGCCCACAGGGUGGAGUUGAUUUCUUUUGUUCUUGGAAACUGAAUAGGAGAAAGGGACGUUUCAGCUUUUCUUGAUAAGGAUUACACCAUUGUACUUGAACUGCAAGGCAAGAAGAUUUCUUGAAAAUUGAGUUUCUCAGCCAGUUUUCUGGACAACAUGCCCUUGAGAAGCUCCAGCAAGUUGAGCAUGGAAAGCAGAAAAGAAGAUGGUGAGAGCACAGUACCUGCCCCUCCACAAAAGAAGCUGUCUUGUCAGUGCCAUCACCAUUGUCCAGAGGACUCUGUCAACAGCACCUGCAGCACUGAUGGCUACUGCUUCACCAUAAUAGAAGAAGAUGAGUCCGGUGGACAUUUAGUCACCAAGGGAUGUCUAGGAUUAGAGGGCUCGGACUUCCAGUGUCGGGACACUCCUAUUCCUCACCAAAGAAGAUCUAUUGAAUGUUGCACAGGCCAAGAUUACUGUAACAAACAUCUUCACCCAACUCUGCCACCGCUGAAAAAUCGAGACUUUGCUGAAGGAAACAUUCACCACAAGGCUCUGCUGAUCUCGGUGACUGUCUGCAGUAUACUUCUGGUGCUUAUCAUCAUAUUCUGCUACUUCAGGUACAAACGGCAAGAGGCGAGACCUCGCUACAGCAUUGGGCUGGAGCAGGAUGAGACUUACAUUCCCCCUGGAGAGUCCCUGAAGGAUUUGAUUGAGCAGUCUCAGAGCUCAGGUAGUGGCUCCGGGCUCCCUCUCCUGGUUCAAAGAACCAUAGCAAAACAGAUUCAGAUGGUGAAACAGAUUGGGAAAGGUCGCUAUGGGGAAGUCUGGAUGGGAAAGUGGCGUGGCGAAAAGGUAGCUGUCAAAGUGUUUUUUACCACGGAGGAGGCCAGCUGGUUCAGAGAAACAGAAAUCUACCAAACUGUCCUGAUGAGGCAUGAAAAUAUUCUUGGAUUCAUUGCUGCAGACAUUAAAGGCACAGGCUCUUGGACCCAACUGUACCUCAUCACUGAUUAUCAUGAGAAUGGCUCCCUUUAUGAUUAUCUAAAAUCUACCACCUUGGACACAAAAGCCAUGCUAAAACUGGCUUAUUCCUCCGUUAGUGGCUUGUGCCACCUACAUACGGAGAUCUUUAGUACGCAAGGCAAACCAGCUAUUGCCCACCGUGACCUAAAAAGUAAGAAUAUCUUGGUGAAAAAGAACGGAACCUGCUGUAUAGCAGAUUUGGGCUUGGCUGUUAAAUUUAUUAGUGAUACAAACGAGGUAGACAUACCUCCAAACACCCGUGUAGGAACAAAACGCUAUAUGCCUCCUGAGGUGCUGGAUGAAAGCUUGAAUAGAAAUCACUUUCAGUCGUACAUCAUGGCUGAUAUGUACAGUUUUGGACUCAUCCUUUGGGAGGUAGCCAGGAGAUGUGUGUCAGGAGGAAUAGUUGAAGAAUACCAGCUUCCAUACCACGACCUUGUGCCCAGCGACCCCUCCUAUGAGGACAUGCGGGAGAUAGUGUGCAUCAAGAGACUGCGCCCUUCAUUUCCCAACAGAUGGAGCAGUGAUGAGGGUCUGCACUGCUUCUGGGCCAGGACCCUUGUGGAAGUGGAGAACAAGUGCCUGCGGCAGAUGGGGAAACUCAUGAUGGAGUGCUGGGCCCACAACCCUGCGUCCCGGCUCACGGCCCUGCGAGUCAAGAAGACGCUUGCCAAAAUGUCAGAGUCGCAGGACAUUAAGCUCUGAUGGAGCAAAAGACAGCUCUCGUGAAGACCCACGGAAACAGACUUUCUCUUGCAGGCAGAAGUCAUGGAGAGGUACCAGCAGUCCUCACUGAUAAGUACCUCGAGUGCAGUAGUAUUUAAGAUCAACUGUAAGUUUGUUUGACAGCUUUUGAGGAGACUGUCCUUGGUAAAAAUCAGCUGAAUUUUGACAUACAAGGUUGGAAGAGGCUUGUCUGUCCUUGUUUACACGGGGAAAUACAGUUUUAGUAACUGGUUUAAGAUUAUGCAUGUUGCUUUCCAUGAAAGCCACUUAUUAUUUUAUUAUUAUUAUUGUUAUUAUUAUUAUUUUGAUUGUUUAAAAAGAUACUGCUUUAAAUUUUAUGAAAAUAAAACCUUUGGUUAGAAGUAAAUGAGAUGUAUAUUGUUACAUUUAAAAAAAAAAAAAGAAAAAAGAAAGAAACUGUGCUGAAGAUCAAAGCAAAGUGACUUUUUCAUUUAUGAAGAGACUCUUGCACUCCAGCAUUUAAAAAAGAGAGAGGGCCUGUGCAGUUUAGGGAAGCUGCAAUGCAAACCAUCCUAAAAGCCGCCUUCCCACAGCCUUUCGUAUGUGAGUUGUUCUCCCAGUAUAGAUAGAGCCCAAAUAUGUCUCCACCAUUGUAGACACGGGCUGAUGAAGUCUUGUGAGUGGGUUGUCACUGAGGAUAUCACACUUCAUUGAAGACCAUCAGAAUCCAUGUGAACAUGGCACGCACAGUGUGAGUUGUUUAAGAAGCUCUUUGUGUUUCCAGGAAAUCUCAUGAAGGUGGUACUAGCAUGAUAAACAAGUGCCCUUCUUAGUUUUCUUUUCCACCCACUGCAGAAUGAAACAUUUUGAGUGAGUGGAAACAAGAGGAGCAAGUUUACACACUUGGAUCUGCUUACUAGACUUUUGUUAAUGAGGGAAACUGCUGGUAAAUGAAACUGCUGGAACAAACAAACAAGUCCAGUGGGUAGGAGAAAGUUCCUUGUGAAGAACAAUUAUUAACUUCUUGUGUAAAAGUGAAGUAUCCAUGUACAACCAUAGCUUGAAAAAAAAAAAAAUCCGUGUUCCCUUUUUAAGGGAAAGCAAAGACCUGAAAAAAAUCCCAUUUAUUUUGGGUCAGUCCUUUUUCCCUAAGCACAAGAAGAGCCGGUGCCCCCUGGCUGCAGCAGAAGCUGGCAUGGAGGAGGAGUUCGGGACUUGGGUGUGCAGGACAAGCUGGGCCCCAUGCUCCUCUUGGGCUUGAUGCCCUACGUCCAGCCACAGGCAGGACCUCCAGUGCUGGUGUUGGACCACCUCAAGGCGAUCAUCACUUCAGUGAGGGUUGUAAAGAAACACUUCAUGGCUGGUUCUGUGGGACACUGUCUCAGAAUUCAUCCUGAAACACCUCUUCACUCUCAGCAUCACUAGGGCACCACCUGGGAUGCUGUGGCAAAAGCGUGUUUAAGACCAUACUUUCAGGGCACCACACACUGAACAUUUUGGCUGGAAGUUAAAUUGCCUUAUUAUUUUGACGGCAUUCCAGCAGCCUUGAAGCCUGCACACUAGUGGCAGUCUGCACCACCAAUCUGGGGCUGUGUAGUAUCUCACAGCAAGAGGAGUUUUCAGAGGAGAACAGCAGGAAACAAUUUUCCAUCUUUCUCCAUUCCUCCUUCCUGGGGCUGCAACAGUUGCUGCAAUGUUAAAACUAUAGAAGGGGAAAUGAGAGGUAACAAGAUGACAAAAUAUUCCCUAUGAAGUAUUUUCUUUGGAAAGGUCUCUGUUCUUCAUCAGAUUAUCAACGAUGAGCUGUGUGGGAUCUACCAUUUUACUCUUUAUUUUCUUAUUAUUUCAUAUUUUAGCCCUCCUAUGUCCUGUUUCCCUAGGUAGUGUUCAGUUUAAUUUUGAAAUAGGUCCUUACAAAUGCUGCUUUGAUUAUGCUAAACCUAUUUCAGAACUGAAAUACUUGUCAUGCUGGAUUUAUCCUCAGCAUUUAUGUAAUGCUGUUUUUUUUCUUCCCUUUUUGGACAAAACUGAUUUAUUUGUGGUAGGUAGGUAAAUAUAAUUGGGGUUUAGCUUCGUAGCUCCCUGAAGGUAUUUUUCUAGUUUGAAAAAUUACCAUUUAAUACUUUCAAGCUAAUGGAGAAAAAUGCGUGAAGUUCAAGAGAACCAGCAAGACCUACAUGAUUAUAGGUGUUAAAGUUUAAUCAGAGGAUUUUCAUUAAUUAGAGUGCUUUUUUUUUUUUUUUUUUUUUGCUUUUUUGCUUUCCAGUUUCCCUAUACCCAAAAAUACAAAGCAACACUAAAAGAAAAUCUCUGAGAAUUAAUAGUAAGCCAAAUCCCAGCCCCAGAGGGGAAAUGCUGGUUUCCACUGUCUUUAAUAAACAGAAUGCUUGCAUUACUGAGGGCUGAAUUUGCUGCCCUCUUUGGGUGCCUUCACUUGAAGACCUGUGGCCAAAAACGUACCUUUUUGUCUUAGUGAAUUGAGUCAAAGGGUUUCCAUAUUAACUCAUUUUACCUUUUGCCUUCAUGCCCUUUGCCUUAUGAAACAAACUGAGUCCCAGGGGAGCUGGGUUUUCUUUGUUCCGUCAAAGCCAAUGAGAAAUGCACCUAUGCGAGGCUGAUGGCCAGGGUUGGUCCUGCCAUGGCUGGCGAGGGGGUAAAACUUGUGGAAAUGGGGACAUCAUGCUGAUUUCCUAGCAGUAAGGGGUAGGAUUCAUCGAUCCUACACAAAGCACCUCCGAGCCCAGUCCCUGAAGGUCACACAGCAGGAUGCUUUUCUCCUGCUGCAUUAUGUUUCACAUCUGUUUUGCUCAAAUAGAUUUCUUUUUAACAUUUUUAAUUAUCAUUUAUUUCCCUGGAAGUGUUUUGGUGGGGGUUUUGCUGCCUGGUGAUGACUCCUGCCAAUGGUUUGCUAGAUGUGCUGCCCCUCCGAGCCCCCAGCACGUGCUGUCAGUGUGCUGUGAGAGAAAGAUCCAGGCUCUGUUUUUUCUGAACAAGUCUUAUUUUUUUCAGUCCAAGAGAAAGGGAUCUAAGAUACUGGUUGAUAGGUUACAUAAAGUGUAUAUGUUAAGUGUUCAAGUUUAUGUGUUUUUAUAUAUAUAUAUAUAUAAAAUAUAUAUAUAUUCAGUUGGGAGUCUGGAAUAACUCCAGUAUGUGGAUUAAGAGUAAACUAUUAUGGAGGAUAAAGCACUAAAUAAAACAUAAUAUUUAUUUAUGAAAAUGCAUAACUGACAAAUCACUGCAACGGUGCUAUAUAGGAAAAUAAAUAUAUAUAUAUAUAUGAGGAGACACACAUCUGAGAAAGCAGGGGUUCUGCAGUUAUGUAAGUAGUCCUGCCUAUUUUCUCCCUAGACUCAAAAGGUGAGAUUUCCCUCUCAAAUCUCCUGCCCACUAUAAUCAAUGAUACUGUAAAAUGAUAUUCCUAAGGCCAGAAAAUGGCCUGAGGCAAGCUUGGAAGUCAUUUCUUUUAGCACGGUGACAUUUGAGUUGCCGGCUGCAUGGCUGACUUUAUGCAACACUCCAAAUGAAAUUAUUAUGGUUUGAACGUGUCUAGUGACUACACAUUAGUACAUUUAUUUUACCACUUCUGUAGCCUUUUAAUGUCUCUUCCAGAUUUUGGUAGUUUCACAGUAUGUUUUGAUUUGGGCUUCGAAAUCAGUGGUGAAGAUAACCAUAGUUUCAGUGCCCACAGGUUUGGAAAUCCAGUUUUCCAAUGUAAAUCACUGAGGGAAGUUUAGUGUCUUAUUGGCAUAUAGUUAAGAUGGCAUAGGUAAGUGGGAGAAGAAGUUUAAAAAAAAAAAAAAAAAGAAGAGAAAUGCCAUCUAGCAACUGCUAUCCUUUCUCUAGCACAAAGUUAUUUCUAUUAAAGAAAAGGUUGAUGAUGUAUAGACUAAGAAACUACUUGGUGUUCUUUUUUGAGAACCAGUGCCUUAUCAAAC